AUGGAUCAAGAUGCCACCCCGACGGGCCGAAAGCGAUCGCUCGACGACAUUGAAAAUAACCUAGAACCCGAGACCCCGGCAUCCAUCAAGAGAAGGAAACUGGACGAUGCGGCUGCAGGUUCACCCUCAACCCCGAAAGCGCUUACAGCCAUUGCGUCAGCUAUCUCAGGUGUAUUUGGAUACGGUCGCCAAGUCCAGAAACAAGAGCAAGCCCAGAAAGAAGUUAAUGGCAAUGGGUCUCCUCCGACCACAAAUUCAACUGGAGGCAAACUCCCUCCAAGCUCCAACACGAAUGGCCACUUGCCCAAACCAGCUGCUCCGGCACCGAUGGGAGCGGUUAGACGUCCUGCCAUCAAACUCGCAGCGCUGAAAGGAACAAUAUGGGACAAUGGCGAUCUUCCUCAGACGAAGAAAACGGCGACACCAAAGCGAAUGGGCAAGCCAGCUGCCGUUAGCCCUUUGCCGAAUCCAUCUGUCUACCAACCUAAUGGGGUGACGGGAUCCGCACACAAACCGGACUCUAUGGUCGGCAAAGUGCAACCGCCAAAGGGUAUUCUCACGCCGACCAAGAAACGUGGCCGACCGCGCAAAAACGUCACCUUUAACAGGGGUGCUGACGGCGAAGUGUACUUUGAGGACCUACCCAAAACUCCGAGCGCGCGAAAACCGCGAAUGACAAAAGAACAAAAAGCACGGGAGCAAUUUGACGGUAUUGUCUGUGAGAUAUGUUCCAAGCCCGACUCAAAGGCGCCCAACGAGAUUAUACUUUGCGACAACUGUGAUUUUGCCGUUCACCAGCAAUGCUACGAUGUUGCAGAGAUUCCGGAGGGCGACUGGCUGUGCAAAUCUUGUUCGCAAGAAGAUGUAUUAAAGACUCCAAGCAAGCCCACCGACGUAGGGUCCAAAACAGACGAGCCUGUACAACCUGUCGAGGUACCUGAUAUACCGAAUUUGGACCAGCACUUGCGCGGGUUUCAGCGCGUUCUCCUGGACCGAUGCACGGGACGGCGGCGGAUACGAAUAUUUGAUCAAGAGGAGCCAUAUGAGAAGGCUAGACAGCUUGUUGAACAAACUAUUGUAGCCGGAGAGGGUAACUCGAUGCUCGUCAUUGGACCCAGAGGCUGUGGCAAGACUACGUUGGUUGAAAACAUUAUAGUCGACCUAUCAAAGGAGCAUCGGCACGAGUUUCACGUGGUGCGGCUUAAUGGAUUCAUUCACACUGAUGAUAAGCUGGCCCUCAAGGAAAUCUGGAGGCAACUUGGAAAGGAGAUGGAGGUGGAGGAUGAUGUUUUGAAUCGGACAAACUACGCAGAUACAAUGGCAUCACUCCUUGCUUUGCUCUCGCACCCUUCCGAAAUCAUGGGCACAGAUGAAGGCAUGACAUCGCAGUCGGUGGUGUUUAUAAUUGACGAAUUCGACAUGUUUGCAGCUCAUCCCCGACAGACAUUACUGUACAACCUCUUUGAUAUUGCACAAUCUCGAAAGGCGCCAAUUGCUGUCCUGGGCUGCACCACGCGUCUUGAUGUGGUGGAGAUGCUUGAGAAGAGAGUCAAGAGUCGAUUUAGCCAUCGUUAUGUGUAUCUUGCCCCGCCCAAGUCGUUGCCCGCAUUUUGGCAGAUCUGUCGACAGGGCCUCAUGAUUGACAAACCUGAUGUGGAGGAUGAAGGCAUCGAUGUCAACCUCGAGGGUUACAUUGAGUUCCAUAAAUACUGGACUCACAAGAUAGAGGAGCUCUACAAGCAACGACGAUUCCAACACCUGCUCCAGUAUCACUAUUUUACGACAAAAUCAUGUGCUGCAUUCUUUACGGAAUGGAUACUUCCGCUGUCAUCACUGUCAGCCAAAGACCUUACGAUGAAUAGCCCCACGGCGGUGUCACAAGGGACUUCUCUGGCUCCUCCAGACUCGCGGCUACAGUUAUUAUCGACAUUGUCGGAUCUUGACCUGGGGAUGCUCAUCGCGGCAUCGAGGCUGGACAUUGUAGCUCACACAGACACAGUGAACUUUGCCAUGGCAUACGACGAGUACAGCUCGUUGGUUGGCAAGCAACGAGUUCAAUCAUCAACGGCAGGCAUGCUGGCUAUGGGCGGUGGUGCCAGAGUCUGGAGCCGUGGUGUUGCUGGGAUCGCGUGGGAGAGGCUGAUCGCGCUGGGAUUGCUGGUGCCGGCUGGAAUCGGCGGCAGCAGGUCCCUGGGACAUGGAGGACUAGACGGCAAAAUGUGGAAAGUUGAUGUUGCCCUGGAGGAGAUUCCGACGGCGGUCAAGUUGAAUGCCGUGUUGGCGAGGUGGUGUCGGGAGAUAUGA